GUGGCGGAUCUGAGGGCUGAGUGGGGCUUACUGAGCCCGGGAACGCCGGUGCAGGGGGUGGGAGCGCGUAGUCCUGUGGCCCCCGCGGUUGGGCGCUGGCGAUGGCGGCGCGAUGGAGCAGCGAGAACGUGGUGGUGGAAUUCCGCGACUCCCAGGCGACCGCCAUGUCCGUGGACUGCGUGGGGCAGCAUGCAGUGCUCUCCGGCCGCCGAUUCCUAUACAUCGUCAAUCUAGAUGCCCCCUUCGAAGGUCACCGGAAGAUCUCACGCCAGAGCAAGUGGGACAUUGGAGCUGUGCAGUGGAAUCCUCAUGACAGCUUCGCGCACUAUUUUGCAGCCUCGAGCAACCAAAGGGUCGACCUGUACAAGUGGAAAGACGGCAGCGGGGAGGUCGGCACGACCCUGCACGGCCACACUCGCGUCGUCAGUGACUUGGACUGGGCGGUGUUUGAGCCUGAUCUCCUGGUCACCAGCUCUGUGGACACCUACAUCUACAUCUGGGACAUCAAGGACACACGGAAGCCCACCGUCGCGCUGUCUGCUGUAGCGGGUGCCUCACAGGUCAAAUGGAAUAAGAAAAACGCUAAUUGCCUUGCCACCAGUCAUGACGGGGAUGUACGGAUAUGGGACAAACGGAAACCCAGCACCGCGGUGGAGUACCUCGCGGCACACCUCUCUAAGAUCCACGGCCUGGACUGGCACCCGGACAGCGAGCACAUCCUUGCUACCUCCAGUCAAGACAACUCCGUCAAGUUCUGGGAUUACCGCCAGCCUCGGAAAUACCUCAAUAUUCUCCCUUGCCAGGUGCCUGUCUGGAAGGCCAGAUACACUCCUUUCAGCAAUGGAUUGGUGACUGUGAUGGUUCCCCAGCUGCGGAGGGAGAACAGCCUGCUCUUGUGGAAUGUCUUUGACUUGAACACCCCAGUCCAUACCUUCGUGGGCCACGAUGACGUGGUGCUGGAGUUCCAAUGGAGGAAACAGAAGGAAGGGUCCAAGGACUACCAACUGGUUACGUGGUCACGGGAUCAGACCUUGAGAAUGUGGCGGGUGGAUUCCCAGAUGCAAAGACUUUGUGCCAAUGACAUCUUAGAUGGUGUUGAUGAGUUCAUUGACAGUAUUGCCCUUCUCCCGGAACCAGAGAAGAUCCUUCACACCCAGGACACAGACCACCAGCACAACUCCAGCCAUGGGGAGGAAGAAGUCUUAAAGGAAGACCCCCUAAGCAGUCUCCUGGAGGAGAAGAAAUCAGAGCAGCUGGGCCUGCCUCAGACUCUGCAGCAGGAGUUCUCUCUGAUCAACGUGCAGAUCCGCAAUGUGAACGUGGAGAUGGACGCGGCAGACAGGAGCUGCACAGUGUCCGUGCACUGUAGCAGCCACCGCGUCAAGAUGCUGGUGAAGUUCCCCGCGCAGUACCCAAACCACGCGGCCCCCUCCUUCCAGUUCAUCAACCCCACCACCAUCACGUCCACCAUGAAGGCGAAGCUGCUCAAGAUCCUGAAAGACACCUCCCUGCAAAAAGUGAAACGCAACCAGAGCUGUUUGGAGCCCUGCCUGCGCCAGCUCGUCUCCUGCCUCGAGUCUUUUGUGAACCAAGAAGACAGUGCUUCCAGCAACCCCUUCGCGCUCCCGAACUCUGUCACGCCGCCCCUACCAACGUUCGCCCGGGUAACCACCGCCUACGGGUCCUACCAGGAUGCCAAUAUUCCCUUUCCCAGGACAUCGGGGGCCAGGUUCUGUGGGGCAGGGUACCUGGUGUAUUUCACAAGGCCCAUGACAAUGCACCGAGCAGUCUCUCCUACCGAGCCUACCCCGAGAUCUCUCUCGGCCUUGUCUGCCUAUCACACUGGCUUGAUUGCGCCCAUGAAGAUCCGCACAGAGGCCCCUGGGAACCUCCGUUUGUACAGUGGGAGCCCCACGCGAAGUGAGAAGGAGCAGGUCUCCAUCAGCUCCUUCUACUACAAGGAGCGGAUGUCUCCUCGCUCUGCCCGGCGACGUUGGUCCAUACAAGCAAUUAACGACUUCCCGAAAUCAAGGAGAUGGAAAAGUAAGCGUGAAGGAUCGGACUCUGGCAAUCGACCAAUCAAGGCUGCUGGGAAAGUGAUCAUUCAGGAUAUUGCUUGCCUUCUUCCGGUUCACAAGUCAUUGGGAGAACUAUACAUAUUGAAUGUGAAUGAUAUUCAAGAAACGUGUCAGAAGAAUGCCGCUUCUGCCUUGCUUGUUGGAAGGAAGGAUCUUGUCCAGGUUUGGUCGCUGGCCACAGUAGCUACGGAUCUUUGCCUUGGUCCGAAGUCUGACCCAGAUUUGGAAACACCCUGGGCUCGACAUCCAUUUGGGCGACAACUACUGGAGUCCCUACUGGCCCAUUACUGCCGGCUCCGGGACGUGCAGACGCUGGCCAUGCUCUGUAGCGUGUUCGAGGCCCAGUCUCGGCCGCAGGGGGCGCCAAACCCUUUCGGGCCCUUUCCCAGCCGCUCAGCUAACCUUGUGGUGUCCCACAGUCGAUAUCCCAGCUUUACGUCCUCAGGUUCCUGCUCGAGCUUGUCCGACCCGGGGUUCAACACUGGUGGCUGGAACAUAGUGGGAAGAGAAACAGAACACCUAUCUUCACCUUGGGGAGAGUCCUCACCAGAAGAAAUCCGCUUUGGGAGUCUGACCUACAGUGAUCCUCGUGAGCGAGAGCGUGAUCAGCAUGAUAAAAAUAAAAGGCUUCUGGACCCCGCUAAUACCCAGCAAUUUGAUGACUUUAAGAAAUGCUAUGGAGAAAUCCUCUACCGUUGGGGUCUGAGGGAGAAACGAGCUGAAGUGCUGAAGUUUGUCUCCUGUCCUCCUGAUCCUCACAAAGGCAUUGAGUUCGGCGUGUACUGCAGCCACUGCCGGAGUGAGGUCCGGGGCACGCAGUGCGCCAUCUGCAAAGGCUUCACGUUCCAAUGUGCCAUCUGCCACGUGGCUGUGCGAGGCUCGUCCAACUUCUGCCUGACCUGCGGACACGGGGGGCACACCAGCCACAUGAUGGAGUGGUUUCGGACUCAGGAGGUGUGUCCCACCGGGUGUGGGUGCCACUGCCUGCUUGAAAGCACUUUCUGAACUUACAGCCCUUGGGAGUUGUGGGAAGUCCUAGAGGACCCAUCAAUGCUGGGUGACAAGCUCUCCGCCAGGAGCGAGGCUCCAGAGCCCACCUCCACCUAGACCAGGAUGCAUUCCCCUCAAAGACUGACAUGGUGUGGGCUGUUCCUGAGCCUUGGCCUUCUCAACUCUUGGCUGUUUGUUGGUGGCGCGGAUGUCGGUGGAAGAGGACUCGGGCAGGUGGAAACACCUGCCUCCCGAGCUGUGUUUACCUUUCAGAUGUUGACCUCAAACCAUUGACAGCAUCCUUUCUGAUGCCAGUCACAGAGAUCAAGGUCAGAUGCAAAGGACAGUCUCUUGAGCCAAAGGACAGUGGACAUUACUUCAGUUGACAAAUGGACCUGUGACAUAAGUUGGUGCAUUUAAUGAACUGAUGGACUAUGGCCUUUUAAAAUAUAAUACUUAAAUUAUAAAUAUGUAAUGUACUUAAGGAUCCUUAAGAUGUAUUUUUUUUGUUUGCUAUUUCUCUUCCAGCUGCUUUCCCUUGGCUAAUAAAAUUCUAGUAAUCAUCUGAAAAAAGAGGUGAUAUUUUAGUGAAUCUUUUUAAAAUUCUAAUUGAAAUUAACUCUUUGGGUUAACUCUCAAAGUCAGUGCUCAGAUUUUCAAAGGAACACUGAGUUGCUUUUGUCAUCCAGGAGGGGAAAAUAGAACUUGACAUUUAAGGUUCUUCCCAACUUGAAGAGUUUGGUUUUUUUUCAGUCAUUUCUACUAGCAAAAGGAAACUCAGAUUACAUGGCAGCAUUGCUGUGAGAGGCUCCCGUUGCUGUCGUGCAGGUUGGCUGAGCUUCCAUAAACACUCUCCCUCUUCUGGGCUGCUUCACAGGCUCCCACCCGUGUUUAUCUGCAUCCACCAGUUCUUCAGAAUGUGCCGACAGCUCUUGGUAAAGAAUCC